AUGGAUCAACAACAAAAGACAAUAAGUGAAUUUUUAUUUUUUAUAACUUCAAAUCAAGCAAGUAAUCUUUGUCAAAUUACUGAUAGUUCAAGAUCACAAUAUUAUAAUUUCACUAUACCAUCAAAUUAUAAUUAUGAAACAAAUAUAACAGAUAAUGAAUUUGGAAGUUUUAAAUAUUUAUUUAAUCUAUGUGGAAAUGUAAAUGAUUGUCCAAACAAUUCACAAUCUUGUCAAAAGUUUUAUUAUGAUUAUCCUCUUGUUCAACCUCGUAUCACUGGUUUAUUAUCAACUGGUGUUGUUGUUGUUUUAUCAGAAGGUCGAGUUGAAUAUAAUUAUCAAUCAAAUAACAUUAGUAUUAUUAAUAAUAACGAUAAUAAUAGUAAUGAUUGUUUAACAAGGUAUUCAAAAUAUACACUAUUAUGUAAUAAUAAUACCAAUCGAUAUUUUAAUGAUAUUCAAUGUUUUACAUUUUCAUGUACCUAUACAUGUAUAGUUAAAACUUUUUAUGCUUGUCCUUUACCUUUACAAAAAUAUGAAUAUAGAUAUAAUGAAACUAGAUUAAUUAAAGGAUCAAAUAUAAUAACUAUAAUUGGUAGAUUUGGUUUGGAUAGUUCAAUUUUGGAUUUAAAGUUUAAUAAUACUAUACAAUGUACAAUUAUUCAAUUUGGAGAGUUUCAAGUUCAAUGUACAAUACCAUCUUAUCCUCCUUGGGGUGGAACAUCUAAUCUUGCCAUUAAAAUUGGUAAUGAUUUUAUUUCAAAUACAAAUAUUCAAUUUGAUCCAAUCCUUUGUUUUAAUACUUGUUCAAAUAGAGGUAUUUGUAAUCUUGGUCAAUGUAAUUGUAAUUUUGGUUGGUUUGGUUCUUAUUGUCAAUAUAGAUUUAAUUGGCCAUCAACCACUUGGGCUUCUACUACAACAACAACAACAACUGGUUCUCCAAGUUCAAGUAGUCAAAGUAGUAGUUCUAGUUCUAGUUCCGAUUCUAGUUCGAGUAGUAGUAGUUCUGAUUCUAGUUCAAGUUCCGAUUCUAGUUCUAGUUCAUCAGAUUCAAAAUGUACAUCAUCAGAUUCAAAUAGUAAUUCAUGUUCAGGUAGUGGUAGUAGUAGUAGUAACUCUUCAUCAUCGUCAGAUUCAAGUUCAAAUAGUACAUCAUCAUCAUCAGAUUCAAGUUCCUCCAAUUCUACUUCUUCUUCUUCUUCUUCUUCUUCUUCUUCUUCUUCUUCAAGUGAUGAUCCAAUUUCAAAUCAUACAGCCAAAUGUAGUUUAAAAAAGGGAUCACUUGAAGUUGUCUAUGAUGGAGAUGAAUAUAUUAAAUGUACGACUCGUGGUAAAAGUAAAUGUGAAUCACCUGGUGGCUAUGAAUGUGAAACACCUACACCAAAAGCUACUCUAAAGUGUUCUGCUCCCAAACAGAUAACAUGUAAAGCUGCCAAUGUAAUAUGUAGAGUUGGAAAUAUGACUUGUUCCUACUUUGAUGAUGAUAAUGAUCCAUUCUCUUGUACUUCCUCUUCUUCUUCUUCUUCUUCUUCUUCCUCUUCCUCCUCUUAUUCAAAAUUAUCCAAUUAUUAUUAUACAAUUUUAAUUAUAAUUGUAGGCAUGUUUUGGUGUUGA